AUGGAGCCGCGCAGCAGCAAUUCGGAAGAUUUCCCUGUUAAUGUAUUUUCUGUGACUCCCUGUCAACCCAGAACCCCCGGAGUCCAGGUGUCAGAUGGUGACAAGGCUGGGGCCACAUUGUUAUUCUCAGGUGUCUUUUUGGUUCUAGUGGGCAUAACUUUCACAAUAAUGGGCUGGAUUAAAUAUUAUGGCACCAGUGAUUUAGAAUGGACACAGUUAUUAGGACCAAUUUUACUUUCUGUGGGGGUCACUUUUGUUCUGAUUGCUGUUUGUAAGUUUCGAAUGUUAACUUGCAAAACUUGCAAGCAAAUUAAUGAGAGUGCAUUGGAGCCUGAGCAGAUGCCAUGUGGACAAUCAUUUGUUUUUACAGGAAUUAAUCAACCUAUAACUUUCCAUGGAGCUACUGUUGUACAGUAUAUUCCUCCUCCAUAUGCAUCUCCUGCCCAGGAUGGCAUUACCAUGAACACAACCUGCUUGCAAUCGCUGAACAACGCUCAGAGCACUAAUCCAGCUAAUGGCAAUACCGGAACAAGCCCAUGCCCUCCACAGUACUACACCAUCUACCCUCUGGAUAGCACAGCUUUUGCAGGAGAUGACAAUUGCCCACCUUACCAAGGACCAGGGCACGAAAUAAUCAGGACUGAGGAAAGCCACGAUGAAUCAGAAGCCACGUUAACUGUCGAUGAAGUUCCUGACAGCAUUCCACCCCCUUCUUAUGAUGAAAUCUUUCCCGUAGUGACAAAGCAAAUCAAAGAUGAGUGUGGACUGUUCAUCAUUUUCGAGGUGCUGAUACACGGAGAAGAGUAUGGCAUUCUGAACGUUUAUUGUUCCCCGGCGCACCCUCUCAAUUUUUUAGUUGAUGCAGUCUCUAAGCGGGUCACGGCUCUCUCGGCUGCUCUGGACUCAGUGCUCACACAAGUGGUGAAGAGAGGAGUCUUCUUGGCAAAGCAAAGGCUGUUUGAAUAUGGGAAUAAGCCAGGUGUUGGCUCUGAGGUUGGAGAAGUGCUGCCCGUCGUUAUCAAAGAGGACCGGACAGGUUGUAUCAAGGGCCACGGCUCCUCCAAGAAUAUCAGGCAGAUAUUGAAUAUGGUGCAAGUAUGUCAACACAGGGCGAUUCCAGGUUUGGUGGUCUCCCUCAAUGCAGAGAAGGCUUUUGAUCGGAAUUGCUUUGGUCUAGCAGGGGUCUUCGCCAGAGGAAACAAUGGCUUUGCGGAGAUCUGA